AUGCGGCGGCGGCGCGCCGGCGGCAGGACCAUGGUUGAGCGCGCCAGCAAGUUCGUGCUGGUGGUGGCGGGCUCAGUGUGCUUCAUGCUCAUCCUGUACCAGUACGCGGGCCCGGGGCUGAGCCUGGGCGCGCCCGGCGGCCGCGCGCCGCCCGACGACCUGGACCUGUUCCCUACGCCCGACCCCCACUACGAGAAGAAGUACUACUUCCCGGUGCGCGAGCUGGAGCGCUCGCUGCGCUUCGACAUGAAGGGCGACGACGUGAUCGUCUUCCUGCACAUCCAGAAGACGGGCGGCACCACCUUCGGCCGCCACCUCGUGCAGAACGUCCGCCUCGAGGUGCCCUGCGACUGCCGGCCGGGCCAGAAGAAGUGCACCUGCUACCGGCCCAACCGCCGCGAGACCUGGCUCUUCUCCCGCUUCUCCACCGGCUGGAGCUGCGGGCUGCACGCCGACUGGACCGAGCUCACCAACUGCGUGCCCGGCGUGCUGGACCGCCGCGACCCCGCCGCGCUGCGCACUCCCAGGAAGUUCUACUACAUCACACUGCUACGAGACCCCGUGUCCCGCUACCUGAGCGAGUGGCGGCACGUGCAGAGGGGGGCCACAUGGAAGACGUCGCUGCACAUGUGUGAUGGGCGCACGCCCACACCCGAAGAGCUGCCACCCUGCUACGAGGGCACAGACUGGUCGGGCUGCACACUGCAGGAGUUCAUGGACUGCCCGUACAACCUGGCCAACAACCGCCAGGUGCGCAUGCUGGCCGACCUGAGCCUGGUGGGCUGCUACAACCUGUCCUUCAUCCCCGAGGGCAAGCGGGCCCAGCUGCUGCUCGAGAGCGCCAAGAAGAACCUGCGGGGCAUGGCCUUCUUCGGCCUGACCGAGUUCCAGCGCAAGACACAGUACCUGUUCGAGCGGACGUUCAACCUCAAGUUCAUCCGGCCCUUCAUGCAGUACAACAGCACAAGGGCGGGUGGCGUGGAGGUGGACGAGGACACCAUCCGGCGCAUCGAGGAGCUCAACGACCUGGACAUGCAGCUGUAUGACUACGCCAAGGACCUCUUCCAGCAGCGCUACCAGUACAAGCGGCAGCUGGAGCGCAGGGAGCAGCGCCUGAAGAGCCGCGAGGAGCGCCUGCUGCACCGGGCCAAGGAGGCUCUGCCGCGGGAGGACGCCGAGGAGCCGGGCCGCGUGCCCACUGAGGACUACAUGAGCCACAUCAUUGAGAAGUGGUAGUGGCGGUGGUGGCCAUGGGGAGGCCUCUCGGGGGAUGUGGGGGGGAAAACAGGACAGACAACAGGGCCACCCAAGACUGUCACAGGAAGAGCAGCCCACACCUGCUCCACAGAGGUAGCUGCAUCCUGAAAGAAAAACAGAGCAGGGACGCGGUGCAGCUGGGCGGGGGCGGGGGUGGGGGGUGAGGAAUCAACAGGUGCAGCCCAGUGGGUCAGAGGAAAGCAUGCUCCAAGGAUGCCAUGGGCAGGGCAGGGCAGGGCAGGGCUUCCAGAGCAGGGGUUGUGCCUGCUCUCCUGGCCCCUUGGAUUUAUCAUGAAAACUGAAGGUUUGCACAAGAGACGAGGACAGCAGAAAGUGGACCUGCCAGGCUGGGAGUGUCCCUCACCAACUAUGCACACCGUUCACACUCAGCUCCUCAGUCCAGGCCACUAGGAAUGAGACCAGCUUCCCGCAACUGCCCCAGCUCCAGGCCAUCCCAUAGCCCCUCCCCUUCUGGCUGCCCCCAAUGCCCUAGGGCCUGAGGAGCCCCCCCCAACCUGCUCACCCAUCCAUAGCUCCCUCAAUUCAGGGCCCACCCCAUGUGAGGCAGAGAAGACUCAAGUCCAGCCCCCAGGAAGCCCACUCCCCUCUCUGGUCCAUGGUCAGAACCCACAGUCCGGCUCCAUCUUUGGGUCAGGAGGCCAAAGCUAACGUUCAGGCCCUCACCCACUUCCUGCAGUUCUCAGACCAAGGGGGGUUUAGGGAGUGGGCCCACGCAGCAUUGCGGCUGCCUAUUGGCAGACUGGCAGCCCAGGAGUGGGGGGGCUUUGGCCAGGGAUCCUGCCACUUGUGCCUGAGUCCCCUGCUGGCCUUUGGAGGUGACCGCACAGGCACACCUGGCUCAGACAGGGAGAGCUGGGACUGAGAGCUCCCCUGCCUCUGUUCUCCUUUCUGACCCACUGGGAUUUGCUAGCAUGCUGCCCCAGCCCCAUCACCAAGACAUGUACUCAAGAGCUCAAAUACUACUGCUCCCACCAGCAUGUGGAUGAAGUUCACCAGGCUUUCAUCGGCUGGAGCCUGGGACCAUAGCCCCUGCCCAGGAGCCUUACCCUUGGGCCACAAUGGAUGGCCAGGAACAGGGACUCCAGCUUUCACAUCCUCAACUAGCCUUGGCAAAACAGCUGUAGGUGGCCUCCGUGUCACCAAAUACUCAGCCCUUCCCAACCCUUGCAAAAGUCUGGCCAUGCUCUGUUCCAGCAGCACCGCAGGCUUCCUCACCGGCUGUGAUUGCCCUACUAAAAGCCAUGUUGCAUAUCUGUUGUAAGUGCGUGCCCUAAGCCCUGUCCCAUCCCUUGUGCCCUAGGAAGCCAGGCUGGGGUCUGUAGGAGGGCCCACCCAGGUGCCCUGCAUCCCCAGAGAGCAGAUUGGUGUGCUCAGGCUGCAGGCUGACUCAGAGGCAGGGUGGUGGGCUCUGCAAGCCACCUGGCUGGGACUGGCAGUGGUCCUCUCUCCUGCCCCAGCUUUCACUCAGAAACUGCAACUGCCCCGCCAUGGGGUGAAGUGGGUGGGUCACCAUGGGCAUGGGCACAAGCACCUUCCUCAGCACAGGAAAGUGAAAGUGGUCAGACGAGGUUGCUGCCGCUGAGGUCUGGCAUGCAGGCCCCACUAUCAGCCUUCCUACACUGCCCCAUUUUACUUUGAGGUCCAAGGACAGGGUAGUCAACAGCACAGGGUGGACGGCACAGUGCAGGUUCACCUCCCUGGUAGGAGUGUCACAGUAAGGAAGCGAGUGCCACAAGGGAAUUUAGUGGCAUGGUUCUUUCAAAGGGAGGUCAGGGUCACUGGGAAUCUGCUUGGACACAACAUUGGGGCGGGGUGCACUACUGGGAGGAGGAGGAACGUGUUCAAGGGAGCAUGGGGGUCUUGCACAAGCCAUGUGGGGCGCCAUGGCCUCCCAGCAGGAGGUGCACACCCAGCCAGAGGCCUUGCUUAAGGUGGCCCCCCCCACCAUGGGCUUCCUGGGUGCACAGGCCCAAGCACAGGUUCUGUUUUGUACAUAUUGGAAUAUGUGUUAACUUAUGCCCCGCAUCCCAACUCACACGGAAGCACGGGUCUCUCCUCAGUCUCUUCGCUGCUCUUGGAAAGCAGUCUCCUCUUGAGCCAGCACCAGGCUGAGGUGUUCAGAGGCGGAGGCAGCUGGCAGUGCCCUUAGCCCCCGAGUGGUCCAGCCUGGCACUUCCCAUUCAGGUCACCUGCUUUGGGUCAACAGUUCCUUUGCCUGCAGCAUCUCCUACAUUGUAAGGACUAUGUCCACCUGGGGCCCUCCCAGGGCUGCAAGGAUGGAAGCAGGCAGGCAGUGGCGCUAACAGUGUAGUCACCAGGACCCCCAGCCCUGCAAACGUCCCCUGGAGGGGGAAGCCAGGAACAGCAGAACUUCCCACACAACAAGGCUGUGAACUUUUCAGGAACUGGAACUGUUUAACUUGAACCCAGGAUCAUUUAAAGCUUUAUUUAUUUAUAGCUUCUUCUUUAAAAAAAGUGUUGAGAAGAAAUUUUUUGGUUAUUCAUACAAAAAAACAAGUUGAUGAUGGAAAAGCAAGUCAUAAUCAUCUAAUUGUUUUUGUCUAGGUCAAGAAUGAAUGUUAGCUGAUGAAAUAAACCCUGACAAGGA